UUACGUACGUUGUCGCGGCGAACUCGGGACCCUUCCCCCCGGGAAAACAAGGAACCUAACACUGACAGUUCAUAUCUAACAUGUGCAGGAAGUGCAUAGAAGAGUGCAUUGCACUUUACCCUCUACCAUCACAAGAGUAAACCAAGAUGGCCAGAUUGUUGCUCAUCGGAUCCUCUCUACUGCUUGCUAUCCUCUUCGUUCUGUGGUAUCGAAAAGUACGACUGAGUCCACGAAGUGAUGCGCCUCCAAUGGUCCCCUACAUUAUCCCUUGGGUGGGAUCAUCAAUCGCGAUGGCACGGGAUCCCGACAAGUUCUUCGCAAAUGCAACUGCAAAAUAUGGGAGUGUCUUCGGCGUACAAGCUGUCGGAUUCUAUCGCUAUUUUGUCACGCAUCCUACGCUAGCCAAGCAGAUCCACAAGAUGUCGAAACAAUUCGUCUUUACCCCGUACCGCAUUCAUCUUUCCAACAAGGUGUUCGGGAUGGAGAAGUCAACAUUGGAAGGAACGCCGUUCUUCGAGCAGGAGUUCUUUGAUACGGUGCAUAGAUUGUUGGCUCCCAACGAGAUUUUAAAGAAGAUUGUACCCACGUACGCGAAAUACGCCUCGCAGGAGGUUGCGUUAUACCUUCCAUCGUCCUCCCCAGUUCCUGCACGCGAUCUUCUUUACAAAAUGCUCUUUCGGGCAUCUUCGUUCGCGUUUUUUGGCCCUACCUUUGACGCCGAUGGAUGCGUCGACGACUUCGUCGCUUUUGACAAAGCGCUCCCUUUGAGAAUGCUCAAUGUAUUCUGGCCGUUGACGAUCCCUGGCCAACAGGCGUGGGACGGGAUCAUGAAGCACAUGCGAAACUACGUCGAGAACACCGGGGCGAAAGGUGGCGAUUACAUGGAAUACAUGGCGGAUCACGCGCGGACGCACAACGUGGACCAUGAGAUCCCAGCGUUGGCCCUCACCCUGCUCUGGGCAUUGGAGGCAAAUGCACCUCUCGCGGCGUACUGGGCGAUCGUGCUCACCCUGUUCCAUGAGGAUGGGCUGAAGCCGCUAUACACCGAAGUUGACGCAGAGCGGGCUGCUUGGGAGGGUGCAAACCCAACCCUGUCAGUCGUCAAGAACCCCGACUUCUUCGUGGCUCAAGCCAACCUGCCCCUUUUAUCUGCCACGAUCCAGGAGACGCUUCGAUACACCGCUUCCUCUUUCUCUAUACGCCGCGUAGUGGAGCCUACGACACUCGGUGGGUACAACUUCCAGAUCGGCGAGGAGCUUGUCGUGAAUGGCCGCAGCUCACAGACGGACGGCCAGUACUAUCCCAAUGCGGACACAUUUGAACCCACUCGCUUCCUCGUCUCAUCGGACCAAGCACCGAUCGGCAAGGAAAAAGAAAAGCUGGUUAACUCACCAGCAUUCACUGCUCACUUUGGUGGCGGGGUCUCAAUGUGCGAGGGACGACAUUUCGCUCAGACGGAACUCAAAGUGUUCAUCGUACUAAUGCUCACACAUCUUGAUAUCAGCCUGGCCCCUGGUGCAAAGCCUGGUGAUGUGGUCUUGGAUGCUACUAGAAUCGGAUUGGGUGUGAUUCACCCGAAAGGCGACGUGAUGUUAGUGGCCAGGAAAAGGCACGUUUAG